AUGGCAGCUGGUGAAAAGCACGAAGAGGAAUCUAGUGGCUUAAUUGCAAAGCUAACUGGCCCAGGAACUCAGGUUGACGAGUCAUGCGGCAAUUCUCAGAACGUGAAUGAUCCCUUAAAGGAUGAAACUUCAAAGUUUAGCUUUGCACGAAGGCAUUGGAAAUGGAUUCUUUUUAGCUUUCUUUUGACAGCAGCGCUAGCAAUCGGACUCGGUGUUGGCCUCCACAACAGAUCCUACAAAGAUGAGGAGAGUACAGAAAGCAAAAUAAUCAAGUCAGUGAUUUUUGCAAGCGAUACUGACCCAAACGAUAGAAACAACACAUGGAGACUAAAUACCGGCGAAAAUUAUACCAUGAAUUUGAAUGCUUGGAGAGCUGAUUUUGGAACAUCAAAAGAUCGACACUAUUACUUUAAUAUUACCGAAAUAACCGAGGUUAACGCAGACAAUGCUGUUAGAAAUCUAACAGUGAUAAAUGGACAAUAUCCUGGACCUUUGAUUGAAGCUAAUUCUGGUGACACAAUCUAUAUUCACGUUAAUAAUUUGUUGGAAACCAAUCCAGUGUCAAUACACUGUCAUGGACUUUUUUAUCAGGGAAAUCCAUUCGAUGAUGGGGCGGUUAGUAUUAACAAUUGCCCAAUACCUGCGGGAGGUAAUUACACCUAUAAGGUUCCAACUUCUAAAUCUCAAUGGGGCACCUAUUGGUAUCAUUCCCACUGGAGCACCCAAUAUGCCGACGGUGUUUUCGGACCUUUGGUUCUUCAUUCAUUGGAUGAAGAUCAGUUACUUGGGAAUUAUACAGGUGAUCGAGUUAUGAUGGUUAACGACUAUUAUCAUGAUACCGCCAGCACAUAUCUAUCGCAGUACCUCGGAUCAGGAAAUGAAAACAAUGAACCAAAUCCGGAUGACGGCUUAAUUGAUGGAAUAUAUAGUCAAAGCAGUUCAUAUCUGGUACCGACAAAUGAUAAAAAGUUUGAAGAGGCUCUUAACUUCGAUCCAAAUGCUAAACAACGAAUCAGAGUGGUGAACAGUGGCUUUUUGGGAACUUUUACAUUUUCGGUCGAUGGACAUAAACUUUCAAUAAUCGAAGCGGAUGGUACUAAUACUGAGCCAGUGGAAGAAGACAGCGUCGACAUCAGCGUGGCCCAAAGAUAUUCAUUCUUUUUAGAGAGAGAGAACAACAACAGCUCAAAUUUCUGGGUUCAUGCUAGGUUCAAUCCCUUCUGCUUCGCAUAUGAUGCCACUUUUGAUCUUGAUGUUCGCUCAAUAAUAACAUACAAUGCGACGUUUAGUAUUCCUACCGAUCAGCAGACAUGGGAAUAUCAUGGGGGAGAUACAAGUUGUUUGGAUUAUGAUCAAACAAAGCUCAAAACAUUGAAUGAAACCGUUCCGAUAGUUGCAAAUGGCUCAACCAAGCCUGAUGUUCUUGUGAAUCUCGAUGCCUCCUUCCAGAUUGGGGAAUACCAAUUAGAUAAGGGGUACUUCAACAAAUAUACAUGGGCACCAUUUUCUAACACAUCAAGUAUGCAUGAAACAUUAUAUAACUCGAACUUUAAGUUGGAUGGAGUGCAGAAUUAUGUCGAGGAUCAAUAUAUACUUAACUUUGAAAAGAGAGGACAGAUUGUCGAUUUUGUUAUUAACAAUUAUGAUGAUGGACCACACCCUUUUCAUCUUCAUGGACACAAAAUGUGGGUAAUUGACAUCUCCCCGAAAGGAACAUUUAGCGAUGAUAUGUAUGACGACAAGUCGAAUUUCAAUCUCCAACAUCCUGUGCUAAGAGAUACUGUAACGAUUGGACCAUUUGGAUAUGCUGUUCUUCGAUUUAAAGUCGAUAAUCCAGGUGUUUGGCCUUUCCACUGUCAUAUCGGAUGGCAUAUGGAAGCUGGACUUUUAUUACAAGUGGAAGAACUCCGAGAUGAAUUCGCACACUUCAGUGAACCAACAGGAUGGAAAGACGCAUGUGGAUUCGAUUUUAAACAAUAA